AUGCAAGAACAAACAAGUUUGCAAAAGAAAAAAUUGCAGAAAUGGAAAAACGACCUGAGUGAGGCACAAAUGAACCAAAGAAUUAAAAACAUCAGUUUGACCAAGCGGUUAAUAUCAUAUGAGCGGUACAUCAAUGCUAUACCAAAGGAGGAGAGAAGGGAAGAUAUGAAAAAUGAUUGGCACCCCGAGACUCCACGAAUUAAGAAGAAUGUCAGCUUGUCCCAAUGGAAUAGAGAAAUGAAAAAAUGGAGGAAACAGAUACACGCAUGGGGGAACAUGUCUGAGGGGAUGCACGAAUACAUUUGUAAUUUGCCCCCUUCGGAGAAGUAUAAUUAUUUAUCCAAGUUAAAGUUGCCUGAACUGAGUCCAGUAGAAAUUGCAAUUCUGAGAAAAAGAAAUGAACAAAUUGCAACUAGGGCGUUAAGGAAUAUUGUACAAGGAGACAACGUUGAUAACAACAACGUCGAUAAGAACAACGUUGACAACAACAACAUCGGUAACGACUACAAUGAUGAUAAUGGUGAUGGUGAGGGGCACCGGGGGAGCUUCCAUCACAUACUGGAUAAACCGCUUUUAUUUUUGCCUCACAAUUUUAGUGGCACCAUAUUAAAUAACAAAUUUGUGGUUAUUAAGCAGGAUGCCUUGGAAAACUCCCUCCAAUCAUUAAGGAAAAAUUAUGAAAAGAAAUAUCGCCCCCUGUAUGAGAAAUAUCGUGCCUUAUAUCUAUCACCUGUCAGCGGUGAUAACAACAGAACGGGACAAUCCCAAACCGGCGACAUUGCAGUUCUUGCCACAAGAGCGAAAGGUGUAUCGGCUAAUGAUGAGAUAAAGGCGUACAUGCAGAACCGGGAGAAGGCGAAAGUUUCCCAGUGCCUUUGCCCAGUUUAUGUAAAGUGUACCACUAAAAGUGGAUGCCCGGAAAGUAAAAUGAAAAAAAGGUUUUAA